AUAUGCUCUGUAAGGUGACCUUGGGUGUCUUGAAAGGCGCCUCUAAAUUAAAUGUAUUAUUAUUAUUAUUAUUAUUUAUUUAUGCAAUGAAUUUAAUUUAUCAUCUUUUGGAGUAUAUUCAUUUUUGGGCGGUUGGAUACUGUGUUCAUUAUCACAGUGUUGCUGUUUGUAGGAUGUUGGAGAUGUUUUGACUGAUAAAGCCUGAUCACCCAUCUGCACAUCCUUUACUUAUCACAUUAUUAAUAUUAGAAAGGGAACAUUUCUUCAUUAUUUUGAACUUUAAAGUAAGUAUGGCUAAGUGUUGGAAAAUGUGUGAACUCCUCCAAUGAAAGUGUCUUUGAGAUUGUAGGAAGAACACGUACAUUCCUGGGUGGGCAAGAAAUGUCCAUCAAGCAGAAAGCAUGGUGCAAGUUGGGGGGUGGGGACCAAUUGUUUGGUUUGACCCCAUUUACAAAUAUAUUGUUCCACUGUCAUCAUUACUGAAAAAACACACUGUGCUAUUAUUUGUGUCACCUCAUCAGAUUUCGCCUCGGUUAUUUCCUUUCUUCACUGUUGUAUGUGGGGAUUUCUGUGUGUUUUAUUUUUAUUUCCUCCCAUUGUAACAUAACUAUUUGGGGUCGAGGUGUGGAGGUUUUCAAGUUUAUAUUUAACGUAAUAAUUUAAAAUAUGCUCAAACAAGAUUUAAAUUAUUCGGUAAUAACAUUAUUUUCUCUGUCAAGCAUUAUUCGAUUUUUUGAAUAGCACACACACACACACACACACCCCCACCCCCCUACCUUAUUGGCUACAGGUGCCUUGUUUGGAUUGAUGGUGUUGUUUGCAAAUUGGGUUAAUUCAUUGUGUGCGUGUGAUGAUAGAAUGUGUUCUAUGGUAUGUCCUGAUUAUCAUAACGCCUAAAGGUUAUGAUAACGGAAGUUUAAGUAUUGCAGUAGCCUACAAUAUAAUUUUUGUCAUACUACCUGAGCAUUCAUUGUGUUUAUACAGUUCCUAUAUUUAAAGCAUCACAGGCCCAAAGCCAUGCGGAAUACCAUAAGCAUUGUAGGCCUAAUGGGAUAUUUAAUGGACAUAUUUCAUCUUUAACCCAUAUUUGAAUAUUGCUUAGAAAACGAAGUAGGACUACAAUUUAGGCAAACCUAUGCAAAUUAUAGUUCUCUUGACUUAAAUAGUCAAAUUCUAAUGCACUAUAGUAAGAUGAUAUAUCACGUGGCUCUUGCGGCGCACUGGUCAUCAUUAAAAAGUUAAUUGUCCUUUAUAAACGUUACAUUGAACCGGGUUGCGGAAGCUGGUUCCAGCAGCAUUGGGUUCUAUUUCUCAACCGAACAACACAAAGCAAACCUUAUCCGAAAUAAUGACGUAACUCCCGGUGAUAUAACUACUCCCGAGCACGGGACCUGAAGGACUCAGAGACCUGGACCUGAAGGACUCAGAGACCAUGACCUGAGGACUGACCGGGGGGGGGAGAGAGACCGGAGCAGCCGUCCUGAGCGCACCGCGUGUUCUCACCGUGCCAACCGGCGGCUCCAGCUGCACGGAUGGACGUGAUGGACGUGAGCCUCGAGGAACUUUGAUAUGAAACAUUUCCUCAAGAGGAGGUCUAUUGGAGUCCAUGCUGACCACUGCGGAGGAGAUGGCCAUGCACCUACCCAGACCCCUGCGCCGACCUGGCCGCUAGAACAACCAGACAGCACUGCCGGCGACUACGAUCCUCAAAGCAAGAGCAGAAGUUACUAAGUGAACGAAAGGUUUUUCAUGUGGGUCAGUGCAUGCGUACAGACCACGUGUAUUUGGUUUUGGAGUAAUGGAAUACGAGGAGUACAAUGCAUCUCCAGGUGACGCACCGAUCAGACGAGCUGGGAUUGAAGUGAUACCCUGCAAGAUCUGCGGAGACAAGUCUUCAGGAGUGCACUACGGAGUGAUCACGUGUGAGGGGUGCAAGGGAUUCUUCAGACGAAGCCAGCUGCCCACUGUGUCUUACUCCUGCUCCCGGCAGAACAACUGCCAGAUCGACCGGACCAGCCGCAACCGCUGCCAACACUGCCGGCUGCAGAAAUGCCUCGCGCAAGGCAUGAGCCGCGAUGCGGUGAAGUUCGGACGGAUGUCCAAGCGUCAGCGGGACUCACUGUCUGCUGAGAUUCAAAAACACAAGCAGCAGCAGCAGCAGCAAGAACAACAUCACCAUCAACAGCAGCAGCAGCUCCAGAGAAGGGACGUGCACUCCUGCCUGGUAUGCUCUCCAAGCGAGUCCCCUGCUUCGGGCCUGCUCUACCGCGGCUGCAGCGGCCCCCUAGUGUCCCGGUGCCCGGGGAGAGGGGACAGCGGUGGUCCUCCUAACCCCAGAGGGUUUGAUUCCAGACAGCCAUCUCCUGAGUUGAUUCAACCUUAUGACCUGCUGGAGGAUGCCUUUGGUCACUAUUCCCAUGUUCUGCAAAGCAGAGAGGACCUGUGUGGCAGUAUCCUGCGCUCCCACAGAGAGACCAGCCAAUACAGAGUGGAGGAACUGCACGAUCUGAAAUGGAAGUUGUUCAAUAGGGAGGAGAUACAGGCUUAUCAGAACAAGACGAUGGAUGAGAUGUGGCAGUAUUGCGCCAUCAGACUCACCGACGGUGUGCAGUAUGUGGUGGAGUUCGCCAAGCGCAUCCCGGGCUUCCGUCUGUUCAGCCAGAACGACCAGAUCGCUCUCCUCAAAAGUGGGUCGAUGGAGGUGCUGCUGGUGAGGAUGAGCCGCUACUUCAACACAGAAAACAACACAGUGUUUUUCGACGGGAAGUUUGCUGGACCUCAAGUCUUCAAGUCCCUGGCGUGCGGGGAUCUCAUCUCGGCCGUGUUCGACUUUGCCCGUGGCAUGUGUGUUCUGGGUCUCAGCGAGCCCCAGACCGCUCUGUUCUCGGCCCUGGUGCUGAUCAACACCGACCGACCCUCUCUGGAAGACAGAGUGCAAGCUCACAGAGUUCAGAGAGACUUGGAGGUGGCCCUCACUCACAUACACAGAGACAACCGAGAGAGCCUACUACAAAAGCUUCACGAGAGGAUGGCGUUGUUGCGCUCGCUGUGUCGGCAGCACAUGGAGAAGCUGCAGUCCUUCAGCCACCGCUACCCCGACACGGUGCGGUCCCGCUUCCCCCCGCUCUACAGGGAGCUGUUUGACUCCGAGGCCGAUGCCCCUCAAGGGACGGCUCCCUGAGCCACCUGGUUUGGAUUCCCAUAGAAGCAUGCACACGUCAGACGCCACAUGUGCGAGCAUGCACCAUACGCACACACCACACACACACACACUCUCAACCUAUGAGAAUCAUUGGAUAAUAAAUCAUAUUGU